AUGGGGACCUGGAUUUUGUUUGCCUGCCUCCUGGGAGCAGCCUUCUCUAUGCCCCUACCACCUCAUCCUGGGCACCCUGGUUAUAUCAACUUCAGCUAUGAGGUGCUUACCCCUCUGAAGUGGUACCAGAACAUAAUAAGACACCCGUACACUUCCUAUGGUUACGAACCCAUGGGUGGAUGGCUGCACCACCAAAUCAUUCCCGUGGUGUCCCAGCAGACUCCCCAGAAUCACGCCCUGCAGCCUCAUCACCACAUCCCCAUGGUGCCAGCUCAGCAGCCCGUGGUCCCCCAGCAACCAAUGAUGCCAAUUCCUGGCCAACACUCCAUGACUCCAACCCAACACCACCAGCCAAACUUCCCUCUGCCCGCCCAGCAGCCUUUCCAGCCCCAGCCCAUCCAGCCGCAGCCUCACCCUCACCAGCCCCUGCAGCCCCUGCAGCCCCUGCAGCCCCUGCAGCCCCAUCCACCCAUGCACCCCAUGCAGCCCUUGCCGCCACAGCCACCUCUGCCUCCGAUGUUCCCCAUGCAGCCUCUGCCCCCCAUGCUUCCUGACCUGCCUCUGGAAGCUUGGCCAGCAACAGACAAGACCAAGCGGGAGGAAGUGCGCAGCAAAGUGAAACCGCCCAAGUUUGCAGUGAGUCCAAAGCGUCCCCCUCCCCCGCCCCCAGCUGAUCCCGGACCCCGCUCUGCGGCCCGGGAACCAGUUGGGGCAGCUCGGGGACCUCCGCACCUACCACCCCUGUCCACCCCAACUCCUUCCUUGAAAGCUUUCCUUUUGUUUAAUGUGGAGAGUGCAUUUUGGAGGACACGAAUUCCAGACAGAUAA